UUUUCAACAACCAUAGAAUAUUUGAUGUUCGUUUUGAAUGCAAACAAAAACCAAAUAUAAAACUGUAACAAUUGUAAUGUAAACAAUCUAAAAUAAAUAUUUUUAAAAUCACUUCAAACUUCUAUAAUGGAGUCAAGUGAAACGGAUGAGGUACAUGAGAAUGCCGAUCCUAAUGCAACCAAAAUAACGACAAUAAUAUCUAUAAAAGAUUCUGAUUCAUCCCUUUCCCUUUCUAUAACUCCCCCAAGCUUAGGGGAUGGUAACAAAGAUGAACACACACUUGCUCAAUCUGAAGAUAGUAUAUCAGAACAUUUGUCUUCUACCUCUACAAGCAUUGAGAACGAUAGAUCUUUAAAUGAAAUCGAAAUAGAACACAUUCCUAACUUUCCUCUAGAUAUUGAAAAAAUAGAGGAGGAAAGUAAGCAUGACCAUAAUACUGAAAACUCAUUAAGCUCCCACUUUCAGAAAGAAAAUAAUGCAGUUAAUUUGCCUUCAUUGGAUGAAAUGAAUUUGUUCAAUUCAGAGCAAGGAGAGGUGAAGAGUAUCCUAGAAGAAAUAUUGAAUAACGACCAGUUCAUAUCAGAUUCUGAAUCACUCUCAAAAAAAUCUAAGGAAGAUAGUUUUGAUAUAUUUGCUAAUUUAGAUUUGGAAGACAAGAGUUUAACUGAAAGACUCAUGAAUCAAGUGGGAAAUGAUGAUUACUUUGGCAAUGAAGACCACUUAGAUAACGCAUCCAAACAAAUAGAAGACUUGGAAGAACUGUUGGACAUCAAAGAACAGACAAUAAUCGCUUUAACUGGGGAGUUAGAUUCUUUUAGGGAUGCAGUUAGUAAUCAUUCAACAAUAAGCAUUGGUACUUCAACUGAAUAUAAACAAUUACAGGAUGAUUAUCAGAAUAAAUUUAUUGAAUACAAUCUUGCUAUACAGCAGAAAGAUGAUUUAAUCCUUCAGCUGACUGAAAGUCUACAACAAUCUAUAACAAAUAGGGAAGAACUGAAAACACAAGUUGACCAUUUUAAAAAUGAAUUGGAACAUUUACAUAAACAGUUAGAAACAACUUCUCAUAUGAUAUUGAAGAAUGAGGUGAAAACUAGAUCUCCCGAAUUGGAAAUAGUUAAAAGAAUUGAAGAGGAUAUUUCAUUUGAUCUUGAAAAUACAAAUUUUGAAAUCGAAUGCUCUAAAUUAGAAGAAACUUUAGGAGGAAAACAAGUUGUAAUGUUGAAUAAUAUUAGAAAAACAAUUAAUAAGCAUAUUGAUGAAAAUAAAGAAAAGAAUGAAGAUGCCCUCACCAAAAUGAAGGCAACAAUGCAAGAAGAAAAAGAUUUUUACGAGAAAGAAAUUUCAAGAAUGAAAGAAACUCUAGAAACAAUGAGAAAUGGAAAUGCAGAAAUGAUAGAAAUCAGACAAGAAAUAGAGAGUAAACAUCAAAAGGAAAUGGAAGAUCUGAGAAGAUACUUUGAGCAAAAAUGUACAGACCUUGAGAAAAAUUAUUCAGAAGAAAUUUUCAGUCAGCAAUCCCGCAAAAGGUCAGCUUCAAUUACUUCUUCCGAUAAUGAACUUCCUUGCGAUAUACCAGGUCUUCCAAGUCGUCCAGGUCCUGGAGGGGAUGCUCCUUCUUCUCUCGACACUUAUCGAAUCAAUUACACAAAAAGAGCGCUCCAAAACCUUUCUAGAACCGAUUUGGUGAAUCUGAAGGAAGACUUUAAAAAUUUAACUACCAUUUUUUCGAAAUUCGAUGUUGAAAAUUCCUCCGAAAAUGAUUUAUCUAAGUUGAAAGACGAAUUGGGUAAUUUCGAUGUGAAGAAUUUAUUCAAAGUUGAAAUGGAAGCCUUCAGGAAUGAAAUGAAGAACAAAUAUAAUGCCGAAUUGGAAAUAUUGAAUCAGGAUUACGAGAACAAAGUGGAUAUGUUGAACGUACAACAGGAAGAGAAAUUGAAUUCAGUGAGGAAAAAGUAUCUGGAAGAGAUUGACACCUUGAAGGAUAUCUUGAAUAAGACUAAUAAAUCUCUUGAGUACAGCUGUUCGGUUCAAGAGGUGGGAAACUCCGGAGACUUUGAAAUAAACGAAGUAAUCCAGAGCUACGAGAGGAGAUUACAAGAACAAGUCACCAUGGCCAAAAUCGACAUUAUUGCAGCUCUAGAAAACCAAAUACAGAGGCUUGCCGAGAACGAAGGAUCGGAGGAAGAGUGGCCCCAAGAGCUGUUAACCCUAAAGGAACGUUUCACUAGGAAGUUCGAGAAAAGGAUGGCCGAAAUGGAGGAAGACCAUCAGAACGAGAUGGUAAGAAUGAAGGAGGAACACAUGAGAAGCCUCAACGGGGCCCUGGAACGGGCUAGAAGGCGCAGCUUGAUUGACGGCGAUGGCUUGCCGUUACCGGAUGGUAAAUUGAUCGAGGAAAGGGAUAACUUCAAGAAGCAGGCUGGUUUGCUGAGGAAGCUGCUGGGAGAACUGCUGAAGUACUUCACCCAGUGCGAGGACGAGGUCAACAACACCUUGGUGGAUGAGCUGGUCCGUCAAGCCUCUGAAAAAAACUUCACUGACAUAGAAAGGGAAUUGAACGAGUCCACCUCUUCGACCAGGACGGACAGCAGCACUUCAACCGUAACCCCGUCAGUCAAACGGGUCCACCUGGCCCCCAACUUCAAGGAUCUCAUGAGCAUAGUCGAGAACUCCUCGGAAAGGGAACACCAGGAGUUCUCUGCUGACCUGAAGAACGAGCUUGAGUCUUGUCUGGACAAGCUGAAGUCCGAGGCUAACGCCCUGCUGGCCCUAUCGGUGAACGUCACGAAGAAAUCCGACUCGGAGGACCAGGCCGAUAUGAGUGUGGGUUCUCUGAACCGGAAGCUGAUCGAGGAGGUUCAGCUGAGGAUGAAGGUGGCCGAAGAGGCCGAUGCGCAGAGGAACGUUAUAGAGACGAUGGAGAGGGAGAGAGCAGUGCUGGAGGCACAGGUUGUGGAGCUGAUAGAGAGGCUGAAUGUGACGCAGACGGAUCUGGAGAAGACGCAGAUGAAGAUGUCCGGGUUGUUGGAGAGCGGUCAGAGGGAGAUCGUUUCUGAGGGUUACGGGGGAACUGGUUUCAGAGGGGAGCAUGAAGAAGGUCAUGCAGCGAUACUUUUCGACGAGCUUCAAGAAAAGGCCAGAACCCUUCUGGUAGGUUCUCAGGCUCACGACCCUGCCCUUCUACACCUCCUGGAAGAUCUGGUGGGCGUAGGAGAGAGGAUUUUGGAGGAGUACAACGCGGUGAAGAAGGACCUCGAACAGCAGAUCGAUGUGGCCCACAAAAAAUACAAGCAGACCUGCAGGUUCCUGGAGGAACAGGCGUCCGACAGGGAGAUGGAAAGGGACGAGUCCCAGAGACAGAUCCUCGCGCUCCAAGACCAGCUCAAGGGCUUGGACCGAGACCGGGCCAACUACGUUAACAUAAACGAAGAGCAAGGUGUUGGUGAAAAGGCUAGCAGCACAGGUGUUGUAACAGUCGAGCACUUAGACGGCCAGUUGAAGGAAACCGUUGGUCUCUUGGAGGUCAAGGAUCAGAAGCUGAAGGAUGUAGAGGCGGAGAAAGAUGAGGCGGUGGAGAAGAUCUUCUUCCUCAGGGACGUCAUAAGGGAGCUGGAAUCGCAGCUGAAGGCUAAAACGGAAACUGAGGCCGAUCUCAGAACCCUGAUUUCCGAUUUAGAACAGGUGAUAACCCAGCAGACUCAGGAGGUGAAGGAAAAAGCAGAUGCGUCUGAUGAUGUCGACGGCUCCGAAACGCGAAGGUACAGGGAGCAAGUGAGGACGCUAGAGGCUGAGGUGCAGAAGCUGAGGCUAAGUCAAGAGCUGGUGGGAACUGAAGGAGCCCUUAGAGAGCUCAGGAAUCAGCUCGCCGAGAUUGAAACUACCAUCGACAAGAAAACCAAAGAACUCGAAGAUCAGAGUUCUAUAGCUUCUAACACGACCUGCAGCUCUCCAUCUGAAGACAUGUCGGUUAGAGACGUUGUUAGACCUAGGACCCCGACAAGCUUGACCGGAAACGAUGGUGAGAUUCCCCUACAACAAUUGGCUAGACUGAAGGAGAAACUGGUGAGGCAUGCCAGAGCUGAAGAUGCUGCCAUGAAGAGAAUAAGGGAUUUGGAGAUGCAAGUCUACAACCUCAAAUCUACCAACGAGGAACAUAAGGCAGAGAAAGAAAUCCUGAAGAAAGAAAUAUCCGACCAACUGGGUCUCAUAUCCUCUCUACAAAUCAGACUGGACGAUCAAAGGAUAAGGGCCGAACAUAUCGAGAAACAGACCAAUUCUUCCCUAGAGAACAAAAUCUACGAUCUGCAGAGGGAAAUCAACGAUCUACAAGAGAACCUGCAGGCCAAAAACAAGACGAUAACGAAUCUGAGCGGUUUGCUGGAAGACAUGAAGCAGAAGAUGGAGGACAGAGAAAGCGAAGCCAGUAUGGCCUCGGAAGACGAGAUGAUAAUAACCAUGCAGAAAGAGAUCGAGCAUCUUAGGAACCAGAACGAGCUCCUUCACAAGAGGUUGAACACCGGUGUGGACAUCAUACCAAAUCUGGUGGAGAAUAUUAUUUCGGACAAGAAUUCGGACAUAGAAUCGUUGAAGCAGAAGUUGGAAUCUGCGGAAAGACAACUUGAGAUGUACAAUUCUUUGAAUCUGGACAAGAGCCAAAUAUCGACUUUGAAGAGUUUGAAGAACUCCGGUACUUCACUUAGUGAAGUCCUGUCUAUCAUAGAGUUAAGCAGUCCGGACCAAGCCAGAAGAAUGCCGGACACUGAACAAGAUUCCGAUCUUAUCAAUUUAAUCAAGAGGAGACCAAUGCUUAAGAACGAUACAGUAUUUUUACCUUCUGAUGAUGUCAGAGAGAUAUCUAGUAUUGAGAAUUUAGGGGGUUCCAACCCUCAUUAUUUAUCUAUCACGCCCUUAGGAAAGAAAAAUUCCACAGAGGUUAAAUCGGCUGAAAGACAUGUACAUUUCAAUAUAUCCAACAAAGAUUCCAAUCAGACUGAAGUGAAAAUUCUGAUUGCUGAAUUGGAUAAACUAAGAUCGGAGCUAACGCUAAAAGACGAAAUGAUAAAAGAUUGCAAUGAAAAAUUAAAAACUUUGACGCAACUCGAAAGUAACAUAGAUUUCUUCCAAUCGAAAUUGGAGGAAACGCAACAUACCUUAAAAGACGUUACUGAUAACUUCCAAAAAGAAAUAGAAAACAAAGAGGAGAAUGAAAAAGAUCUGAGGAUGGACUUGGUUAAGAAGAACAUGUAUUUAGAAGAGCAAGAAAAAGAAUUGAACAUGCUUAGAGAAGACGCAGUCAGAAAAGACGAUAUGUACCUAAACUUGGCUAAAGAAACUAAAAAUCUAAGGAAAGAAAAAGAAGUACUCGAGGACAAAAUGAAAGAAUUCCAGGAAAUCGAAGAAAUACUCAACGUCAAAAACGGAGCUAUCUUAGAACUGGAGAAACAAGUUGCAGUAUUAAAAAACAAAAACUCCGUCGAGGAACAAAACUUAGAACAAAGGUUGAGACAAAAUGAAGAACAGUGUGAAUCGUUAAAAAUCCGCCUGGAGUCUUUCAGUAGAGAGAACGCAAAUAAAGACCAGAAUAUUGCAAAGUUGAAGUCUGACAAUGAAAAACUAACUAGGAUCGUCAAAAUUGAAACCGAAAACGGUGAAAAACUGAGGAAGGAUCUACAAAACAGAGAUAGUAUAAUCGAAGAAAACGAAAAGAAAAUCAAACGUUUGAGGAAAGAAAUUGAAGUCCUGAAAAAUGAGAAAGCUGAUUUAAAAAUGCAAAUUGAAAUAUCUAAACAAGAAUUGCUGGCGAAAGAGACGGAAUUAAGCGGAAAGAUGGAAGAAGGUCUGGUGAAAACUGUUGAAGAGUUGGAGAAGAAAGUGUUAACACUCCAGUUGGAAAACUCCUCUAAGAUUGACGACCUGGACAAUCUAAAUGAUAAAGUGAGGAGUUUAAACGAAGAGCUGGGACGUUACCAAGACUUGGUUGCCGAAAAAGAUAGGAUCAUUGCCAGAUUCAGGAUAGACAGUGAGCAGUUGCAGGCAAACCUGAAAGUGAUCCAGAACAAGAUGCAAGAAAACGGCAACAUAAUUGAUUUGAGCAAGAAACUUCGCGACGAGCAGAUUAAAAACAGCGACCUCAUAGAGGAAAUCCAUAUGAUGAAAGCACAGAUGAUGAGCUAUGGCAUGACCGAGAAAGACAACAUGGUUGCCUCACUAGAAGACAUAGCGGAGCAGGUCAAGAAAGAACUGGAUUAUUCGGUAGAAAUCGAUUCCAACAUCAUCAAUGCUACCGAAGAAAUCGAGAGCGUCGAAAGCAAUCUAGAAUCGAAAUACUUGGAGUUGAAAGAGAGAUGCAGGGAAUACCAGAAGUCCUACAAGAUUUUGCAGUACGAACUGGAAAAGAAAAGGUUAGAGUUGGAUACUCUCCAACUGGAAGACGGCAAUCUGAUCGAGCAGCUAAGAAUCCAGUUGGAAUCUGCUACUGAGAACGAGUUGGAGCUGGAGACCCUUGCCAAAUCCUGGAAGAAACAGUGUCAGAUGUACGAGACCGAGAUCACCAAGCUCAAGAGUCAGAUGAGCAACACGAACUCGAAGAGCGAGUCCACGGACUACAAGAACCUGCCGAGCAAGGAAAGCCAGGAGUUGAUCAAGCUUAAGAAGGAGGUGGAUUCGUUGAACGAGCAGCUAGCGGAGCUGAAGGAAGAAAACAAGGGUUUGAAGAAGAGGAGGAAGGAGUUGGAAAAUGACCUGAAGUACAACAAGGAAAUGUUAGAGGUGAAGAAGGGGGAGGUCGAGAAUUUGGAGAGGAAGAUUUCGAAUGUCUCGAAGAGAGAAGAGGAACUGAAAGAGAGGCUGCACCAGAAGGUCAAGGAAGUCGAGAACAGCCGUUUUUUGAUAGACGACAUGGAAAGAGAGAGAAAAGAUAUGAAGUUGCAAAUGGACAGGCUGAAUGCUAAUUUGAAGCAGUUGGAGCAGGAAGCAAUGAAUAGACCAAUAGUGCCGUCAUCGCCUCACCCUGAAGUGCCUGUUGCUGAUCAGCUUAUGUCUAAGAUUGAGGAGCUGAAUUUUGCAGUUAAGAAUGACAAGAGAACAAUGGAUCUGAUAUUGAGACUGACCAAUGACAACAAAAACUUGAAAUGUAAAAUAUUAGAGUUGGAGAAACAUGGAGCUGUCAAUGUACCUUCGGAAAAUCAUAUUAAUAGGUCUAAUUAUCUUUUUGCUAAGUGCCUAAGAGUGGAGAGUUACAGGAAAGCCCUUAUUUGGCAAAAAAAUUAUAUAGUUUAUCUCCUUGGUGCCUACCAAGAUACCACUGAUCUGGCACCGAUGGAUAGAGUUCGGAGGGGUCAGAAGAAACUAAGGUUUUCCGGAAUUCAGAAAUUUAGAUCUUACGUUUAUGCGAUAAUAUCACUUGUCCGAAUGAAAUCCAUCGUUAGAAGAUGGCACAGCGGGACAAGGUUCCCAGAAAACGUGAAUUCUCGCUACAAGAAUAUCUCCAGUGAAUUGCCUAAAGCUCAGAAGUCUGGACCUGGAAACUUCAAAGUUGGACAGCCUGUAUCUCGCCAGCUAUUUUCUCCUCUAGCCAGAAGUUCCGGAUAUGGUCAGUUCGAUGGUAACAGUGUAAAUUUCAGUGGCCACAUAAUUACGAGUUCAGAGUCUAGAGGUAACGAGUCUGGUAAUCUUGAGAAGCCGGAUGAUGACCCUUGGAGUGGAGAUUCACCUCCGUGCAGGGACAGCUCGAAGAAUAAAGGAAGGAUAUCAUCGAACCUAACUCUACUGAGAGCGCCGCAUCUGUUGAACCAAUACGCGGAAAGAUAUGGAAAAAUCGAGGAAAACCUCGAGGCUCUGCUCAAUACCGACCCUUCUAAAUGAACCUUUUGAGAUUUCGUUUUAUAAUUUUUGUUAUUCUCUAAAAUAGAGCGAAUUUUAAUGUUUGUAUCAAACAUCUUCGGUUUUUAGAUUUAAGACAUUUCUAUGUUAUUAUUCUAUUUAUUAUUGUUUGUUUUUGAAUGUUAUUGAACGUUACUCUAGUCUAAUAACUUUGUAUUAUUUAUUUACUGAUCAAUGAUGUGCCUUGGAUGUAUAUGCAUGGUGCAAUUUUAGAUGAUAAGGACGUUGUGUAAAUUUAUGAUGAAGUCGUUUAUAUAUUUUAUAAUUUUGGAUAGCACAUUAAAAUUACUUGGAGAAUAA